AUGGAACAUCCAAGAAGAAUACUCGUUAUUGCAGGAUCUGAUAGUUCUGGUGGCGCAGGCCUUGAGGCGGACCAAAAAGUCAUUGCUGCACAUGGCUGUUAUGCUAUGACUGCAACUACUGCUUUGACUGCACAGAAUACUCAAGGCGUCACUGGCAUCCACGAAACACCAUCAGAAUUCGUAAAGAAAUGUAUUGAUGCUUGCGCAGAAGACGUUGGUAUUGAUGUAGUCAAGACUGGCAUGCUGGCUUCUGCUGGCACAAUACAGGUCGUCGCAGAUGCUUUGAGAAAGUACAAGCCCGCAUGCAGCAUCGUGGACCCUGUCAUGGUUGCGACGAGUGGUGCGAGACUGCUCAAAGAAGAGGCCAUCAAAACUUUAUGCACAGAACUUCUGCCUGUGACUGGGCUUAUCACGCCCAACAUCCCGGAAGCACUCUUACUACUCGAAGAGUCUGGCAACAAAAUCGACGACAUCAAAGACUUGGAUGGCAUGAAACGCCUAGCCAAGGCAGUUGCGGAUCUCGGACCCAAAAGUGUUUUGAUCAAGGGUGGACACAUUCCGCUGAAGAAGAACUACGAGGUCGCUACCACCGAUGACGAGAAGGAAGUCUUGGUCAAUGUGCUUUACACAGACGGUGACUACUGCGUAUUUGAAUCGAAGUAUCAGAUUGCACGAAACACACAUGGUACAGGAUGCUCGCUCGCAUCUGCCAUCGCCUGCAACGUUGCAAAUGGCCUGAGCAUGGAACGAGCAGUACGUGCUGCUGGUCGCUACGUAGAGGCUGGCAUCAAGACCAGCGUCGAUCUUGGUAAAGGAUCUGGUCCAAUCAACCACUUUCAUUCUCUCAAUAUCAUGCCAUUCCCACCCGGCGGCUUCGUAGACUGGUUACUCGAGCGCGAGGAUGUUCAACGAGUCUGGAGAGAUUUCACACAGCAUGACUUUGUGGAGAAGAUGGGCGAUGGCACUCUACCUGUCGAAAGGUUCAAGUUCUACAUGGUCCAGGACUAUCUUUACCUGACACAAUUUGCUAGAGCAAAUGCACUCGCUGGCUACAAGGCAAAGACCUUGGAAGGCGUUGCAGCAUCCGCUAGUAUUGUGACUCACAUCCACACUGAGACCAAGCUACAUGUAUCCGAAUGUCUAAAACUAGGCGUCACGAUGGAUGAACUCCGCAACUCUGAAGAACACCAAGCCUGUACAGCAUACAGCCGCUACAUCCUCGACAUUGGUGCCUCGGAAGACUGGCUCGCCCUGCAAAUCGCAAUGUUCCCCUGCCUCAUCGGCUACCAUCACAUCGCUAAGCGUCUUUCUGCCCUGCAAGACCCUUCUGCACCGAAGAAUGCAAAUCGCUACCGUCAGUGGAUUGACAACUACAUUGCCGACGAUUACACUCAGGCUGUUGGCAAGGGAAUGGAACUGGUAGAGGGGAAUGUGUUUAGACAGUCGCCAUCGAGGAUUGAGGAGCUGGUCAAGAUCUUCAUUCAUGCGACCAAGAUGGAAUGUGGAUUCUGGGAUAUGGGGAUGGGUGCAUAA